AUGGAUGAUGGGAAGAAGUAUCAUGAUAGACAUUUAAAUUACCUACGAAAUCCCGAAAGUUCAUCUGGGGAAGGGAGAAAAAUUCUGAUCAUCGUCACUGAUGAAAUCCGAUCGUUACAUAAUCUGCUAAGAAGUAUUGAACUUCCGGCUUUUCGACCAAUGCACAAUCUUGAUUAUUCGUUGAAAAAAAUAUUUUUUGUCGAAAAACUGGAAUGUAAGAGAUUCGAAGGCUACAGAACCCAAACCAAACGUCCUCGACGAUGCAUUUGCAAAGGAUCAUUAGAGUGUAACGCCUUGCUGUACAGCAAGUUAACAAAACUACCAUUUGUGCGAGUUCUUACAUAA